AUGGCUUUAGUCAGAGGUCAUGUACGACUCACAAUCGACACAAACACAGUGAACACAAAGCUCCAACUGUCUGACAACAACAGGAAGGUGACAGAUGUGUGGGACAUUCAGUCAUAUCCGUAUCAUCUUGACAGAUUUGAUGUUUGUGAACAGCUGCUUUGUAGAAAUGGUCUGACUGGUCGCUGUUACUGGGAGGUCGAGUGGAGAGGAAACAUUUAUAUAUCAGUGAGUUACAGAACAAUCAGAAGGAAAGGAAACAGUGAUGACUGUGAGUUUGGAUUUAAUGAUCAGUCGUGGAGUCUUUACUGCAAUGAUGAUCGUCCUCUUUUUGUCAGAUACAAUAACAGACAAACAUCCAUCUCCUCCUCCUCCUCCUCCUCCUCCUCUGUCUCUAACAGAGCAGCAGUGUAUGUGGACUGUCCUGCUGGCACUCUGUCCUUCUACAGAGUCUCCUCUGACACUCUGAUCCACCUCCACACCUUCAACACCACAUUCACUCAAACUCUUUAUCCUGGGUUUAGACUCUGGUCUGGUUCCUCAGUGUCCCUGUGCUGAGUUGAGUAUAAAGUGUGUCCUCCUGUUAGCAAAAAACUCUGAUUCUUGUAGCUCAGGUGGUAGAGCAAAAGGUUAGUGGUUCAAUCCCAGUCUGUUCUAGUCUGCAUGCCAAAUAUCCUUGGGCAAGUUAUUAACCCCAUGUUGCUCUUGGAUGCAUCCAUUGGAGUGUGAAUUUGUGUAAAUGUUAGGGAGCACUUAACAGUGCUUGUGUGAUGGGGUGAAUUAAUUUGCUGUACAAAGCACUUUGAGUGCUCAGACAGAGUAGAAAAGUGCUAUAUAAGAACCAGUCCAUUUACUGUUGAACAGAUAGUUCAGUCUGUACAUGUCUGUCUCUUUCACUCAGAAACAAUGAUAAAUACCUUAAUAAUUUUGUUGAUAAUUA